AUGGCAGAUCAUGAGGACGCCAUGACAGAAACUCAGCCGUUGGAGAACAAGCCAGAUGAACAGCUGCAAGAGGAAACAGCCUCCAGAACUUUGCCCGAGCAGCCCCCACUAGAGGAGCUGCAAGCUCUUCAGCUAGAAAUGGAGCCUGUGAAUAAGCAAGCCAGCAGGGCCUUCUACAGAUUCAAACUCAGGAUGAAACAAAAACGUCAGUACCACCUGGAACUCAGAAGCAACAUAAUCCAGGGCAUUCCUGGCUUCUGGGCCAAAACUUUUGUGAAUCACCCCCAGAUGUCAGCCCUAAUCAGUCACCAAGAUAAAGAGUUACUCAGUUACAUUACUAACUUAAAGGUCGAAGAUCCGACUCAUCCAAAUGAUGGCUACAAGAUCAUGCUGUUCUUUCGGAAGAACCGCUAUUUUUGGAAUGAUGUAGUUGCCAAGGAGUAUAUCACUGGCAUCACUGGAUUGAAACCAUCUCAUUCCACUCCAAUUCACUGGUGCCAUGGUUUUGAACUCAAGGCCUCUGAACGCAGGCACCACAACUGCAGCCCUAACUUCUUCAACUGGUUUUAUGACCACAACUUUGAAGGGUCCACCAGGAUUGCUGAUAUCAUCAUCAAAGAACUUUGGCCCAACCCUCUGAAGUACUACAUGAAGAAGAGAAUACCAGAACAAGGAACUGUGAAGCAGGCAGUGGAAAACUGA